GGGGUUUGAGAAGAGAGAAGAGGAGAGUUGUCAUCUUUCUUCUUCUUCCUCUUGGCUUCGUAGAGCGUGCUCUCCAAGGGAUACUGUCUACAUCGUUACUCCACUCUCCUUCUAUAAGUAGUUCUCCUCCUCAGACAUCCAAUUAUUUAUUACUUUCUCAAAUCAAAUCAUUGGAGAACAGAGAGAACUCAGAGAAGUGAGAUAACAAAAAAAUAAGGAGAGAACAAAGUGCAAAAAAAAGCCAUGGACUUUCUCGGUUCCACGACCGGUGACGGUAUGUUAGCAAUGUUGUUCUCGUUUUCGGAAUCUAUUUUACCUCCUGAUUCCACGUCUUUUCUUCUCAAACCCCUUUUCCUUAGAUGUGUCUCUGGUUUCUUACAUGCCGUUUUGUUGCUGGUCCUGUUUUGCUCAUGGGUCCGUAGUAAAAUUAGGGGAACUAACGGUUUCGAUGUCACGGAGAGCUUGAAAGAUAGGAAGGGUUUUGGGUUUAAGUCUACUCUGUUUUGUAGUUUAGCCUUGUCUCUGCUUAAUCUCGUGUUGAUGUCGUUGAGUGGUUUCUAUUGGUACGAGAGUGGUUGGUCAGAUCAUGGCCAGCUAGUUUCUUCCCUCGGGUUUCUACUGGGAGUGGUUUCUUGGGUGGUUUUGUCGAUUUGUUUGCAUCGCUACAGGGAUUAUGAGCAUAAAAGAGCUCCCUUUAUACUUAGGCUAUGGUUGGUUUUCUUUCUCGCGGUUUCUUGUUACUCUCUUGUGGUAGACUUUAUUCUGUACAAGAGACAUGAAACUGUAUCUGGUCACAUCCUAGCGUACGAUAUACUUGCUUUUAGUGCUUCUUUGUUUCUCGGUUAUGUGGCUUUCCUCAAGAAAGAUAGAAGCAACAGCAAUGGAGUUUUGGAAGAACCUCUACUGAAUGGUGGUGAUUCUAGUCUUGGUGGCGUAGAGUUAAAUAAAACUAAUGGGAGUGGUGAGGCUACUCCUUACUCGAGAGCUGGCAUUCUCAGUCUUUUGACUUUCUCAUGGAUGAGUCCAUUAAUUGACCGUGGAAACAAGAAAAUCAUUGAUCUAGAAGAUGUUCCGCAGCUUCAUGAUAGCGACAGCGUAGUGGGGCUAGCUCCUAAGUUUAGGAGUAUGCUUGAAUCAUCAGAUGGGGGCGAGAGAAGUGGCGUUACCACGUUCAAGCUUAUUAAAGCGCUGUAUUUUUCGGCUCAGUGGGAGAUUCUAGUGACAGCAUUCUUUGCUUUCAUCUACACGGUCGCAUCAUACGUUGGGCCAGCACUAAUUGAUACUUUCGUUCAGUACCUUAAUGGACGUAGACUGUACAACCAUGAAGGGUAUGUACUAGUCAUUACUUUCUUUCUUGCUAAGCUUGUGGAGUGCCUUUCACAGAGACACUGGUUCUUUAGGCUACAGAAGGUUGGUAUUAGGAUGAGAUCAGCCUUGGUCGCAAUGAUAUACGAAAAGGGUCUGACCCUUUCAUGCCAGUCAAAGCAAGGACGCACGAGUGGGGAGAUUAUCAAUUUCAUGACUGUGGAUGCUGAGAGGAUUGGUGAUUUUAGUUGGUACAUGCAUGACCCAUGGAUGGUUUUGUUACAAGUCGGUCUAGCUCUGUGGAUCUUGUAUAGAAAUCUUGGACUAGCAUCAAUAGCGGCUUUAGUUGCUACCAUUCUAGUUAUGCUUGUGAAUUUUCCAUUUGGGAGAAUGCAAGAGAGGUUUCAGGAGAAGUUAAUGGAAGCUAAGGAUAGCCGGAUGAAAUCAACAUCUGAGAUCUUAAGAAACAUGAGGAUUCUCAAACUUCAGGGGUGGGAAAUGAAGUUUCUGUCCAAGAUUUUUGAUCUUCGGAAAUCUGAGGAAGGAUGGCUGAAAAAGUAUGUGUAUAACUCGGCUGUUAUAAGCUUUGUUUUCUGGGGGGCUCCUACUAUUGUGUCAGUCUGUACUUUUGGUGCUUGUAUACUUCUUGGAAUUCCCCUUGAAUCAGGAAAGAUACUCUCCGCGCUUGCAACCUUCAGGAUUCUACAAGAGCCGAUCUACAAUCUUCCUGACACUAUCUCCAUGCUUGUGCAGACUAAAGUCUCUCUUGAUAGGCUUGCAUCCUAUCUUUGUCUGGACAAUUUACAGCCUGACAUUGUCGAGAGGCUCCCUAAGGGAAGUUCAGACACGGUGGUCGAAGUGAUCAACAGCACUUUAUCCUGGGAUGUCUCAUCAGCUAACCCAACUCUAAAAGACAUAAAUUUCAAGGUCUUUCCUGGAAUGAAGGUUGCAGUUUGUGGUACGGUUGGCUCUGGGAAAUCAAGCUUACUUUCAUCUUUACUGGGAGAAGUACCCAAGAUAUCUGGAAGUCUUAAGGUUUGUGGGACAAAAGCGUAUGUUGCACAAUCUCCUUGGAUUCAGAGCGGUAAAAUUGAGGACAACAUCUUGUUUGGUAAGCCUAUGGAAAGAGAACGAUAUGAUAAGGUGCUUGAAGCAUGUUCUUUGAGUAAGGAUCUGGAGAUACUUUCAUUUGGUGAUCAGACAAUUAUUGGAGAACGCGGCAUCAAUUUGAGUGGUGGACAAAAGCAAAGGAUACAGAUUGCUCGUGCUCUCUACCAAGAUGCAGAUAUCUAUCUGUUUGAUGAUCCUUUUAGUGCUGUGGAUGCUCACACAGGGUCACAUCUCUUUAAGGAAGUCUUGCUCGGGCUUUUGUGUUCUAAAUCGGUUAUAUAUGUAACCCAUCAAGUUGAGUUCUUACCUGCUGCUGAUCUUAUACUGGUCAUGAAAGAUGGGAGAAUCAGCCAAGCUGGAAAAUACAAUGAUAUCCUCAACUCUGGAACUGAUUUUAUGGAACUUAUAGGUGCUCAUCAGGAGGCUCUGGCAGUAGUUGGUUCUGUGGAUGCCAAUUCUGUUUCUGAGAAAUCAACUUUAGGUGAAGAAAACGGUGUUGUGGGAGAUGCUAUCGGAUUCGAGGGGAAACAAGAAAGUCAAGAUCAGAAGAACGAUAAAUUAGAUUCUGGGGAGCCCCAAAGACAACUUGUUCAAGAGGAAGAGAGGGAGAAAGGUAGCGUCGCUUUGGAUAUAUACUGGAAAUAUAUCACACUAGCAUAUGGAGGAGCUCUUGUGCCUUUCAUAUUGUUGGCGCAGAAUCUCUUUCAGCUUCUACAGAUUGGAAGCAACUACUGGAUGGCUUGGGCUACUCCUAUUUCUGAGGAUGUGCAAGCUCCUGUGAAACUUUCCACGUUAAUGAUCGUUUAUGUAGCUCUGGCCUUUGGAAGUUCCCUCUGCAUUCUUGUUAGAGCCACGCUUCUUGUCACUGCUGGUUACAAGACUGCUACUGAACUGUUUCAUAAAAUGCAUCACUGCAUUUUCCGUUCUCCGAUGUCUUUCUUUGAUUCCACUCCGAGCGGAAGAAUCAUGAGUAGAGCUUCUACUGACCAAUCCGCAGUGGAUUUGGAAAUACCGUAUCAAUUUGGAUCAGUUGCUAUCACAGUCAUUCAGCUUAUCGGAAUCAUUGGAGUAAUGUCUCAGGUUUCUUGGCUGGUUUUUCUUGUCUUCAUCCCUGUGGUUGCUGCCUCUAUAUGGUAUCAGCGGUAUUACAUAGCUGCAGCACGAGAACUUUCGCGGUUAGUUGGAGUAUGCAAAGCCCCUCUGAUUCAGCAUUUUUCAGAAACGAUCUCAGGGGCGACAACCAUCAGGAGUUUCAGUCAAGAAUCUAGAUUCCGUUCUGACAACAUGAGGCUAAGUGAUGGUUACUCUAGACCCAAAUUCUAUACAGCUGGAGCAAUGGAAUGGCUUUGCUUUCGCCUUGAUAUGCUAUCAUCACUUACAUUUGUCUUUUCAUUGGUUUUCUUGGUCUCCAUACCUACUGGAGUGAUUGAUCCAAGUCUUGCGGGAUUAGCCGUGACUUAUGGACUCAGUUUGAAUACUUUGCAAGCUUGGCUGAUCUGGACUCUGUGUAAUCUUGAGAACAAAAUCAUAGCGGUAGAGAGGAUUCUUCAGUAUGCAAGUGUUCCCAGUGAACCACCUCUUGUGAUAGAAUCAAACCGACCUGAGCAAUCAUGGCCUUCACGUGGUGAAGUUGAUAUCCGUGAUCUUCAGGUCCGAUAUGCUCCACAUAUGCCUCUGGUGUUGCGAGGAAUAACAUGCACAUUCAAAGGAGGUUUAAGAACAGGAAUUGUUGGAAGGACAGGAAGCGGAAAAUCGACAUUGAUACAAACUCUUUUCCGCAUUGUAGAACCUUCAGCUGGAGAAAUCAGGAUAGAUGGAGUGAAUAUUUUGACCAUUGGGUUGCAUGACUUGCGUUUAAGACUAAGUAUUAUACCCCAAGAUCCAACCAUGUUUGAAGGAACAGUGAGAAGUAACUUGGACCCGCUUGAAGAGUACACAGAUGAUCAAAUCUGGGAGGCUCUUGACAAGUGCCAACUAGGAGACGAGGUGAGGAAAAAGGACCAAAAGCUCGACUCAUCUGUGAGUGAGAAUGGAGAGAAUUGGAGUAUGGGUCAGAGGCAACUAGUGUGUCUCGGGAGAGUUCUUCUCAAGAGAAGCAAAAUAUUGGUGCUUGAUGAAGCCACUGCUUCUGUUGACACUGCAACUGACAAUCUGAUUCAGAAAACUUUAAGAGAACACUUCUCAGACUGUACAGUGAUAACCAUUGCACACAGGAUAUCUUCAGUUAUUGACAGCGACAUGGUUCUACUUCUAAGCAAUGGGAUCAUUGAGGAGUAUGAUACGCCAGUGAGACUGUUGGAAGAUAAGUCUUCAUCUUUCUCUAAACUCGUAGCUGAGUAUACCACAAGAUCUAGUUCCAGUUUAGAGUAAAGCCAAAAACGGCUAUUUCUUGGUGGUGAUGAUGACGAUGAAAAAAUUACUUACGAAGUCUGAAUCUGGUUCAACUGUUUCACAAGCUGGAUCAUGAUUCACAGGAAGAAACACUUAUCUUAGUUUUGAUUAGAGCUCUUUUUGAUCGUAGCUACUUUAUAUAGCUUGUAAUGUUUGUAACUCGAAAAGACGAUGACAUCGCUACUUUAAAAUUAAUGCAAUAAACGAUGUUCAUUCAGAAA